AUAAUUUCAUAAUAAUUUCAUAAUGCGGCAUUUAAUAUUAGACGAAUUGGAAAUCUAUUACUCAACGAUUGUUGUACUCAAACUUAGAGGGUCGAUCGAGAAGGAUGGAAAUUCUAGGGAGACCGAUUCGGAAGGAAAAUGAGCCGAUUUCUUCGAUCUUCUUUGAUGUAAUGUGUAACAGCAUCGAGCGUAUAACGAUCGAAACAGAGUUUGUGCCCCCUUCCACCUGGACGAAGCCACGAUUCCUUCUUGCGUAUAAGCGCAGACACGCACACGUACGCACAUACAAGGGGUACCGACUUACGUAGACGUUGAACACACACACUUGGAAGCCAAUUGGAGAGCCAAGACUUGGCCAAGUCUUUAUAAGUAGGAGCCAUCCGCGUCCUCAGGACUUACUCCCUCUCGAGAACGUGCCACGAUCGGCAACCGAUUUCCAGAAUAGUUUCUGAAAACAGACAUCGACUCGCGCGUCAUUCAUCUCGCGGUUCACGAAGGAUCGUGGUGCAACAAACGUGGAUAUUUGGAAAUUGGAAAAAAAAGGCAGCCGCGAGAUGACGAGUUGUACGAAUUAACGGAGGACUUUCGGAGAGAGAUCGUCUUUGAUUCUACGCACAAGACACGCUGAAGAAAAAUCAUGUGGACAAGCUUAGUAAAAUUAGGCGUCGUAACGAUAUUAAUUUCGUCGACAUUUGCCAAACCAGAUCAAAAUAUCAUCGAUUUCUCUAAAUUUUUAAAUGGUAUCGCGUGUAUCGAAGUAGGAUAUCAUGAGGAUCCUCACGACUGUAGGAUAUUCUACAGAUGUGUCGAUUGGGGAUACGGAAGACCUCUAAGGAAAUUUAAAUUUGAAUGCGCUAUUGGAACAGUAUUUUCGAAACACAAAGGAAAUAUAUGUACUUUUCCAAGUGACAGCGGUCGUCCUGAAUGUGGUGGCCUAGAUACAGACAUCACAACGAAGAAAAUCACAAACACAAGUACAACUGCACAACUUACGACUACGACUCAACGACUUACGACUUCUAUCGAAUUAUCAACUGGAAAACCUAGCAACGAUCAGGGUCGAAAUCAAUGCGUCCAAGAAGGAUAUUUCCCGGACUUAAAUGAUUGCAGAAAAUUUUAUAGAUGUGUUGAUACAGGAUCCGGAAACUUCAUAAAAUAUGAAUUUGAAUGUGGUGUUGGCACUGUCUGGGAUCCAGAUAUAGAAGGUUGCAAUCAUCCUUGGGCAGUAUCACGGGAUGAUUGUAAAACAGGAUCAAACACAGGAAACGACAAUGCCGGACAAGGAAAUAAUACAUCUGACGCUAUAACUAAACCAGAAACUUCAACUAUAUCAAUAUCGGAAAAUACAGAAAUAACUGAUAUAUCUGGAACUCCUGGCACAUCUGGAAAUCCUGGCACAUCUGGAACUCCUGGCACAUCUGGAACUGCUGGCACAUCUGGAACUCCUGGCACAUCUGGAACUCCUGAAAUGCCUGAAACAUCUACAACAUCUGAAAUUUCAGAUUCUUCAAGCACAACUGAAUCUUCUGAAACAUCAGAAUCAUCUGGAACACAUGGGACACCUGGAACGCCUGAAAGACCAGAUUCAUCAAAUGAGAUUUCAAAUUCUUCUCAAACCAUUGGCACUACUGCACUUAAAUUAACAACUACUCCAACUCCUGGUAAUACUGGUACAGAUAACAAUAAGAGUUCAUUAAACUCUUUAGCAACACUCAGCACGCAUGGAUCAAAUAGCACUGCAACAAUAAUUCCAAACACGCCUGGGCAAUUUGAAACAACAAACACACAUACUAAACUAACAACGACCAUUGUAUCUGGAUCUUCAAUAAGUGCACAUCACACACCUGAAACUCCAGCCGCUCCUGAAAUUACAAUAAGUACAGAAACUUCAAGCAUGAUUAAAACCACAUUCAGUACAAAAAUUCCUACUAGUCUAAAACCUCCAGCAUCUGAAGCUACAUUGACCACAGAACCUGAAGCCAGUCCAGAAUCUCCAUCCACUAUUGAAGCCUCACAAUCUUCUAACACUCCAACACCUCCAGUUACUUCUGAAGUUACAGUGAGCACAGAAACUCCAGAAUCUUCUGUCACUACUGAAACUACACAAUCUUUUAGCACUUCGAUAUUUCCGGCUACUCCUAUAGUGAAUACAGAAACUGCUAGUAAUUCAGAAUCUCCACUCACUACUGAAACUUCAAUUAGUACAGAAUCUCCUGGCACUCCAGAAUCUACAGCCACUAAAAACAUAGUGAGCAUAGAAACUCUUAGUAGUCCAAAAUCUACACCCACAACUGAAGCUACACAAUCUUCUGGCAGUUCAAUACCUCCGACUAUUCCUAUAGUGAACACAGAAACUCCUGGUAGUCAAUCUCCACUCACUACUGAAACUUCAAUUAGUACAGAAUCUCCUGGCAUUCCAGAAAUAAUCACUAAAAUCACAGUGAGCACAGAAAGUUCUAGUAAUCCAGAAUCUACACUCACAACUGAAGUACAAUCUUCGAGCACUGCAGUACCUCCAGUUACUCAUAAAACUACAGUAAGCACAGAAACUCCUGAUACUCCAGAAUCUUUUGUCACUACUGAAGCCACACAAUCUUCUGGCACUUCAAUACUUCUAACUACAGUGAGCACAGAAAUUUUUAAUAAUUCAGAAUUUUCAACUACUGAAACUACAGUUAGUACAAAAACUCUUGUGACUUCAAAAACAUUAGGAACUUCUAAUACUCCUUAUCCCUUAUCUAUUAGCACAUUUAUUACACAAAACAUUUCUUCGACCUUUGCUUCUGUUAGUGAGCCUAUCACUAGCAGUGCUUCCAGUUCUCCUAUUUCUUCUAAUUCAUCUCAAUCUGCUGAUACUUCUAGUGCACCUAAUAUAUCUGUUACUUCUGGUACUUCUGGCACGCCUAAUAUUUCUUCAGGUAUCCCUGGAAGCACAAACGUUCCUGGUACGUGUACCGAAGAAGGAUUUUUCCCUGAUCCUGAAGAUUGUCAUAAAUUUUAUCGUUGUAUCGGAAGUGGUUCAUCAUUUAUUAAAUAUGAAUUUUUAUGCGGUCCUGGUACUGCUUGGGAUUCUACUCUUCAGAGUUGCAAUCAUAAUUACCUCGUUUCAAAUUGUAAAGGGGGAUCUAGUUCAUCCAGUUCUUCAGUCACUUCUUAUCCAGAGUCAACCAUUUCUUUGAGCACUACUACAGAUCAAGAUUCAACUGACCACGAUGUUACUGUUACUACUACUGCAUCUAGUAUAUCUAAAGAAACAUCUUCAUCCACUGUUUCAUCCGUUUCUCUUACUACUCAGACAAUUGAACCCGGAUCCACUUCUUCUGGAACUGUUACAGAAUCAAUAUCCUAUUUACCUCCUGUAAAUAUACUAUCUACUACUACUGCGGCGACCAUAACAGUUAGUACGUCUCCUGAAAUAGAAUGUACUCAAGAAGGAUUCUUUCCUGAUCCUGAAGAUUGUCGUAAAUUCUAUCGUUGUGUCGGUAAUGGCUCAACAUUUAUCAAGUAUGAGUUCCAGUGUGGUACUGGUACUGCUUGGGAUUCAGCUCUUCAAAGUUGUAAUCACGAUUAUCUCGUUACUAGUUGUAAUGGAUCUAUGGUCACUACAGAAUCAAAUUCAUCUGAAAAUGAAAUUAAUAGCAAUUCUAGUCAAUCAAGUAUACAAACAGAAAGUAUAUCAUCGGACAGCACAACAUCUUCUAUAUUAACUAGUCCAUCAGUUUCAUCGACAUCAUCAUCUGAUGUUACAUCGUUAACCAACGUACAAACAGAUAUUUCAACAAUUAUUACAUCAACAGUAUCACCAUCCACUAUGUUUUCUACAGCUGAAUCAAAUAUUCCUAUCACUCAACCUACUCUGCCAUCUUCCACAUCUGAAUCAACGAGUUCUCAAUCUACAAUAUCACUUUCUACUACGUCACUUCCAAUUGAAACAAGUACAACCAGUUCUGAAUCAAUAUCUCCAAGUAUUACAGAAUCUGUUUCAUACUUGCCACCAGAGAGCAGUGCAACAUCUAACCCAGAAACAACUACUGUAUCAUCUCCCACUGCAUCUGAAACAAGUACUAGUUCUGAAUCUACACAAUCAGCUUCCACCAUACCACCUAUAUCUGAAACAACUACGGCCAAUUCUGAAUCAAUAUCUCCAGGUAUUACAAUAUCCGUUUCAUAUUUGCCACCGGAGAGCAUUAUUACACCAACAUCAGGAACUACUAUAACCAGUUCAUCUUCUGGAACAGCGCAAUGCUCAGAAGAAGGUUUUUUCCCAAAUCCAAACGAUUGUACGAAAUUCUACCGUUGUGUACAUUCUCAAAAUGGAUUACAACGAUAUGACUUUGACUGUGCACCUGGUACGGCUUGGGAUCAAAUUCUUCAAACUUGUAAUUAUAUUGACCAGGUAACUUCUUGCUCUUCAGACAAUAAAGAUCAUAUUCAAGAAUCUUCAAGCACUUCUGCAGCAUCUGAUUUAACAACACCUAGUAGUUCUACUAUUACUAGUAGUUCUACUAUUACUACUAUUAGUUCAAUUACUAACAGUACGCUAAUUCCUACAAGUACGAGUACAACGGAAGUACAAUCAUCGAAUACUGAAAACUCAACUUCUGUAUCCUCAACUUCUUCGAUAUCUUCUACAGAAUCAAGUAUUUCAGACUGUACUUCGAAAAAUCCUAACAAUAUCAUAGUUUGUAACAAACCAGGUUUCUAUCCGCAUCCAACACAGUGUAACAAAUUCUAUCGUUGCGUCGAUAAUGGGAAUGGUUUUAACGUAUAUUAUUUCGAUUGUGCACCUGGAACUAUAUUUGAUCCUAGCAUUAACGUAUGUAAUUAUCCCGAAUCAGUCUAUCCUCCAAGAGAUUGUAAAAUGCCUACGUCGAGUUCGUCUACUAGUACAGAACAAACAACAUUUUCUACUGAAUUUACAACACAGUCGAUAACAACUGAAGAAAUUGAAUCUACAACUUCAUCCUCGACGCAAACGAGCACAACUAUAGAAUCAAGUACGCAAUUUACUUCUGAAGCAACAACAGAAUCUACAUCUGAAACAACCUCUGAAUCGUCUACAAUUGAGUCAACAUCUGAAUCAUCUACGACUUCAGAAUCCACAACUGAAUCAAAUUCAGAAUCUACGUCUCAAGUAUCAACCGAAUCUACGUCUGAAAUAAAUACGGAAUCUACAUCUGAAGCAAUCACUGGAUCCACUUUCGAAACUACUACUAUGUCUGAAGUAACUACAGAAUCUACUAGUGAAUCAACUAGUGAAUCCACGACUCAAGCAACAACCACAGAAUCAACUUCAGAAGCUAUUACAACUGAAGUAAGUACAGAUUCUAGUUCUACUAUAACGAUAGAAUCAACUUCUGCAGGAACUACUGAAAGUAAUACGGAAUCCAGCUCGGAACAAAUUACUGAAUCCACUGAAAUAUCGACUUCAACGACAGAAUCUCAAAAAUCCACUACACAAAUAUCGAUUUCUACCAUGGAACCUUCUAUUCAAACGCCUUGUCCAAUCGGAAACUUAACUGACGAACAGAUAGCACUAAUCUGUCCAACAGGUUUCCGAAGACAUCCAAAAUACUGCAAUCUAUUUUAUCAAUGUACCAUUGAAGGUAAUAUGGAGAUAAAUGUACUUGUAUUAAGCUGUCCAGAGGGAAAAAUUUACGAUGAACAAAAAAUGCAAUGUUUGUCUGAAAGUAAAGCCACUAAACCUUGUACUAGUAGUAAAGCAAUUGGUAGAUUUUAUAGAAGAUUGGAGAAGAGUGAAGUAUCUCCUAUAAAAGUGUCAAACGAAUCAUUUUGUCCGGAAGAGGGUCAUUAUCCUUAUAAAUUAGGUUGCAGCAACAUAUUCUAUAAUUGCAAACGAGAUUUCAAUGGCAAUCUUCAGGCUUAUAUGUACAAAUGUCCACAAAACUACUUGUAUUGGUCGAUUUCGAGAAGAUGCGAACGUACUUUACGAUUACCAAUGUGUGCAUCUGCGCUGGAAGAUAAUGUUGAGAAUUGGGAUAAGAAAUGGAAGAUUCCAAUAGAAAAAAUUAAUUUGUCUGCUAGAAAUUUAAAGUUUAUGAAUUAUUAAAAAAUAUUUUCUUUAUCUCGAUAGAAAGUUUUAAUAGUUCGAAAGGACAGUAAACUCUCAGGAUAAUUUCUUACGUUAUCUUGUUUUAUAAUUAUAUUUGAAGGAAAGAUAUUAGAAUAUAUUUAAAUAUAUAUAUGCAUAACAUGGCUACGGAAGAUCUCAUAAAAAAUAUUCAGAUCUUCAGCAGUCAUCUUGUGGCAAUUAAUAAUUAUAGUCUAUAUUGAUUUAUGUAUAGGAAUUAAUUCGUAAUAAUUAUUGAAAAAUAUAACUAGAAUUUUCUUAUGAUUUUUCGCUAUGAAAUCGUAAAGUCGUUGGAAAAUCAUAUAUUGUGAAAAUUGGGAUUUUUGGUUGAGGGACUUGUAUGCAAUAUUCGACUGUAUUCA